CUUGGUUCAGUGGUUCCACCUGUAAUCUUUUUUUACUUACUAAUUUUUACGUCAUUAUUUUUACUCAAUUUAAUUUUAUGAGAACUUUUUUGGGAGGUCUUAUUACGUCCUUUUUUUUCUUAUACGCGCUCUAUCUUUUCCGGUCCUUUUUCUUUAUUUUACGAUAUUUUGUAUGCUAUCCCGUGGGAUUAAUUCCAAAAACAACUGGGAUUUUGGAAAAUAAGGGAAAAUCGCUUUACAGGAGAUCCCUUCUCUCAUUUUUGGGUCUAUAUAAAAGUGGCUAAGAACGCUUAGAUUCUCCUAAGCUCUAGAGGUGGGUCGGAAUUCCGCGAUUCCCGACGUCUUUUCCUUCCGAUUUCCGAAAAAAUUUAAAUUUUCGAUUUCCAAGUUUCGACUUUUGAGCCAGUUCCGAUUUGCGGCUCUUCCUAUUUCCGAUACCUCUGACUAUUCCGACUCACCCUAAAUUUCCUCUGGUCAGCUCUUAUAAUUUUUAUAUUGGUCUCUUUAACGCUUUACACCUCUUUUUUUAAUUUAAAUUUAAUUUAAUUUUUUUCAUUUUCAGAGAGAUUAAUCAUACGUAAAAUUUUUUUUUCUAACGCUCUAAAAAACCUAAUAUAAUCUACAAAUAUAUAGGCAUGAGUGAUGCCAAAUUACAGAAAAAAGAUGAAGUAAAAAGUGAAGAAAAUAUUCCUGUUGCGGUGACACCUAAUGGGUCUACUUCUCAACAGAUGGAUGAUGGGUAUACCAUACAGUCAAAUACCAAUGAAGUCAUUGAGUCUUUUGAUAAUAUGAACCUUAAAGAACUUUUGCUUAGAGGAAUAUAUUCUUUUGGAUUUGAAAAGCCUUCAGCUAUCCAACAACGUGCAAUUGUUCCUUGUUGUACUGGAAGAGAUGUUAUUGCCCAAGCACAAUCGGGAACUGGAAAAACUGCAACAUUUUCUGUUUCAGUUCUUCAACGUGUUGAUGAUAAAGAUCCAAAUGUUCAGGCUUUGGUUAUGGCACCAACUCGUGAAUUGGCACAACAGAUUAUGCUUGUUAUGCGCGCUUUGGGUGAAUAUUUGGAGGUUAAAUUUCAUCUUUGUAUUGGUGGAACUUCUGUUCAGGACGAUCAACGCAAACUUCAAGGAGGAAUUCAGGUUAUUGUUGGAACACCUGGACGUGUUAAUGACAUGAUCCAACGAGAAUCGCUAAAGACCAAAAACAUAAAAAUGUUUGUUUUGGACGAGGCUGAUGAAAUGCUUUCUCGUGGUUUUAAGGAUCAAAUCUAUGAUGUUUUUAAGAGUUUGCCUAAUGAUGUUCAGGUUGUUCUUCUGUCUGCUACCAUGCCAAACGAUGUUUUGGAAGUCACCAAAAAGUUUAUGCGUAAUCCAAUCCAAAUUUUGAUUAAAAAGGAAGAACUUACACUUGAGGGAAUUCGUCAGUUCUUUAUUUAUAUUGAAAGAGAGGAAUGGAAGUUUGAGACUCUUUGUGACUUGUACGAUACGGUGAAUAUAACCCAAGCUGUGAUUUUUGCUAAUACACGUAGAAAGGUUGAAGAGUUGGCUCGUAAUAUGACAAAUAAGAAGUUUACAGUUUCUUUUAUGCAUGGAGAGAUGGAGCAAUCUGAACGAGAUUUGAUUAUGCGCGAGUUCCGAUCUGGCUCUUCCCGUGUAUUAAUUACUACCGAUUUGUUGGCACGAGGAAUUGAUGUUCAACAAGUUUCUGUUGUGAUAAACUAUGAUCUGCCUGGAAAUCGAGAGAACUAUAUCCAUCGUAUUGGUCGUUCUGGACGUUUUGGACGUAAAGGAGUUGCAAUCAAUUUCGUCACCAAAAAUGAUCAACAAAUGCUUAAAGAACUUGAGUCAUACUAUUCAACCCAAAUUGAAGAAAUGCCGGCUGAAAUUGGGGAGUUGAUCUAA